CUACCUGAACCACUGGUCUGCUUACUACGUCCGGGACGAGCAGCGAGCCUACAUUUGCAUGCAUAUUGUUUUGUAAUAUUUACAAACAAACCACAACUUCCGAACGAUUUUCUGUAUAAGUAAAUGUCCACGCCACAUCCAGCGCGGUGGACGGUCUCCUGAUUGGCUGGACCCCGAUGGCAGACUGAUGCAUCUGGCUGUUCUUCGUCCUCGCUUAUUCUCCUGAGCAUCCCAGACAGUACCUAAACACUCAAGGCUCUUACUAAAGGUGGAUGUCUUAAACCAUGAGUUUACAUGGAUCUCAGAGACAGGCCAACGGGGUGGCCCGGUCGGACAGCAAGAUCAGCGCCAAGGCCCUCUACGAACAGCGGAAGAAAUACUCCAACUCCAAUGUGAUCAUGCAGGAGACGUCGCAGUAUCACGUUGAGCAUCUCUCCACCUUCAUGAUGGACAAGUCGGAGUCAAUUGCCACCGUGGACGACGCCAUCAAGAAGCUGGUCCUCCUGGACUCCAAGGACAAGAUCUGGACCCAGGAGAUGCUGCUUCAGGUCACAGACAAAGCGGUGCGGCUGCUGGACUGUGACACACAGGAGGAGCUGGAGAACUUCCCCCUACCCACAGUGCACCACUGUCAGCCUGUGCUGAACCAGACCCGCUACCCGUCGGUGCUGCUACUGGUGUGUCAGGACAAGGACCAGCACAACCCCGACAUCCACUUCUUCCACUGCGACGAGGUGGAGGCAGAGAUGGUUCACGCAGACGUUGACAGCGCCAUCGGGGACAACAAGCAUGGCAAGAAAAUGAGGCUGCAGACAUUAAAGGUAAACCAGGAAAAAAUGAAGCGUCAGAGAGAGACCAUUCUCCCUCCCUCGGGCCCUAAGGGCCCGGCCCCCAGCGCCAAGGGACGAGUGGCCGCCACAAGCAUGCAGACUGCAGACCAGCGAGGCUCAGGCCACGAGUCUCAUGAGAAGCUGGCCCAGCGUAUAGAGAAGGACGUGCAAAUCCUUAACUGUGCCCUGGACGACAUUGAGUUGCUGGUGGCGCGCUUGCAGAAGGCUGCGGAGGCCUUCUCCCAGCUCAACCAGCGCAACAAGAGUAAGAAGAAUAAGAAGAAAGGACCAGCAGAGGGCAUGCUGACCCUCAGGGCCAAGCCCCCCACUGAAGCUGACCUUGUUGAUAGUCUACAGAAACUGAAGCUAGCGUUGAACCUCUUGGCCAAGCUGAAGAAGCACAUCCAGAAUCCCAGUGCAUCUGAACUGGUUCACUUCCUCUUCGGGCCGCUGGAGCUGGUGCUCCAGAGCUGUGGUAGUCCAGACCUGGCCCGCUCCAUCAUUGCGCCCCACUUGUGCCGGGACACAGUGGACUUCCUGCGGGGGAACCUCUCCCCUAAGGAGAUGACCAUCUUUGAGCUGCUGGGCGAGGGAUGGACGAGGCCCAGAGCAGACUGGCCGAGGGACCAGUGUGCCCUCCCUUACUACCCCAAAUUCCGGAAUGGAUGGGAACCCCCCGCGGAGCACUUCAAGGUGUCGCCAUGGGAGACAGAGGGACCCACAGGGCCACCUAUGUCUCCCACCCCCCCGGACUACAAGAAGCAGUCCUCUGGGGAGUAUUAUGGAACUCAUUCGUCCAAUUCAUCAAAUGGGUCUUAUAAUGGGAUGCCACCCACCCGCAGAUACGCCAAGAUCCGCUACCACUUCGUCGCUCGCAACGCCAAUGAGCUGUCAGUGCUGCAGGACGAGGUGCUCGAGGUGAUAGAGGAUGACAAGCAGUGGUGGAAGUUGCGGAACCGAAGUGGGCAGUCCGGCUACGUCCCCUACAACAUCCUGGACGUGGUGAAGCUGGAGGACCCACAGGCCAUGCAAGACACCUUCCAGCCCGGUCAGGGCUACAGAGGGCCAGCCCCUACAAGUCCCAUGGGCCCUGGGGGGGACAGUUUCGGCGUUGCGAGACACAAAGACAAGGUGAUAUCGCACCAGAUGGAUGAGGUCAACGAUGAGCUGCUGAAGAGAAUCACCACAAACAAGAGCCAGCCGCCCGCCAGGAACUUCCGCGUGGAGCGCUCCGGCGGGAGCAGCAUCCCGCUGACCUUCGACUCCAGCCCCCAGCAGGUCACCGCAUGGCUCACCGCAAAGUUCAGCAAACCGACGGUGGAGUGCCUAGGCAUCCUGACCGGGGCGCAGCUGUUCUCCCUGAACAAGGAGGAGCUGAAGGCCGUGUGCGGGGACGAGGGAGCCCGGGUCUACAGUCAGAUCACUGUGCAGAGGGCACAGCUGGAGAAGAGCACUGGGGACUCAGAACUUGAGGAGAUCAUGAAGAGAAGACAGGAGAAGAUUGGCUCCACCAGUGAGGACUGAACCCACCCACUUCACCAGUAGCCAAUAACAGCUCUGCACGGCUGGUCAUUGUUCCACCAGUCCCAUCUAUUCAGAGCUUACCAUUUAAGCAAAACUAUUUACAUGUCUUCACAAAGACACACCCUACAGUAGAAUAUACCGAAUUGGUGUUGUACAAAUUGUAAUUGAAUAUUUAUUUUGUAUCACUGAUAAAUAUAAGUUUUCAAUUGUUUUCUUAUGUUCUUGCCUUUUUCUUCCUACCUUAUAACCGUGUACUGUUGCUUGAAUAAGUGUGUGUUGUAUAAAAUAGAGAACACAACGCAAUUGACUGUUGAAUGUGUGUGUGUGUGCGUGUGUGUGUGUGUGUGCGUGUAGGUGUGUGUGUAAUUGUAGGUGUGGCGGUGUGUGUGUGUGUGUGUGUGUGUGUGUGUGUGUGUGUGUGUGUGUGUGUGUGUGUGUGUGUGUGUGUGUGUGUGUGUGUGUGUGUGUGUGUGUGUGUGUGUGUGUGUGCAUGAAAUUAAUGAAAUAUAUGUGGGCAAGAGACAUUUGCGCAUACACAGAAUAAUAAUUAGCAAUGGUGUUUACUAAAUAACAUGUAAUUAUUAACCAAUCAUUGCAUAACCAAAAUUCCUGUGCCAGAAUCUAUUACAUACCAUACCAUUCCAAUAUAUUUUAAUUGAUCAUUGCUUUCAUGUGAUUACUGUUUACAGACAUAAUUUUAUAGCAAAACAUGUUAAAGUUAUGUGUCAUUCUAGGUUGAAAGCAAUAUAUUCAUGUCAUGUGAUAUUUGCUACAUUAGUGAAAUAAUUAGGGUGCAUAUCCUACUGGUACAUUUCUAUUUUCCUUACAUCUGUUUCUGAACCUCUCAGAAUCAGGCAUAACAGGGGCUCUUAAAGGCAAGUCGUUUUAGAAGGGAAAUUGCAUGUCUUGUGGGAGUUAUUAUUGUGCUUUUUUUUGCAGCAUGUGGGGCACUCAUCAUGAAAUACUCAACACAUAAUGUAACAUGAGCUUGAUUCACUGAGAAAAUGUAAUUUUCUUUUCAAAACAAGUGUUAAAUAGGUGUUGGUUCAAAAAGAGGUUAAGCCAAAUAAAGAAGGCUGAUGUAAAUAGGAGGAUAAAAUGAGUUGAAAAAUAAUAUCUUAAUAAAAAUGAAUAAUGCUCAAG